GGAAGGCUCAGUAAGAUAUUGACUCGUAUUUUCGUGUAAUCCGCAAACAACGACAUCGACUCAGUUUGAAAGGAAAAACGCAAAGGAAUCUUUUCAUUUCGUUGCAUUGGGGAUUUUGAGUAACAAGUUAUCCGCAAGAAAAAUAUAGUCUAACUUAAUACGCAAAGCUUUUUUUUCGCCCUGUGAGCGGGGAUUGAACUUCAUCGCCUCAUGUCGUGUUGUCAAACCUGGAAGUUAAUAUUACCGUAGCGCAUUUUAUUUUAUUUCAUUUUCUUAAAUGUUUUGUUGAAGCGCCGUGAAUAGACUGCUUGAAAGAGAAUUGGUUUUGCGCAACGAAAACAUGUUACUGGACGCAGGGCAUCAGUUCCCUGGUUUGGGAGUGGGCACCUUUGCCAGACAUCAUCACUCCUCUAGUGAGAUGCAGGACAGAGACUUGAGUUUAGCGCAAAACAGCUUCGUCGACUCGGCGCACAUGGGCGCCUUCAAACUGAACCACGAUCUCUCGCCCGGACAGAGUUCUGCAUUCACGAGCCAAGCGCCCGGUUACCCCGCUGCGGCUCUGGGUGCGCACGCGGCUCAUGUCACAUCAUAUGCGAGCUCGCCGUUUAACUCCACGCGGGACUUUCUCUUUCGCAGCCGUGGAUUCGGGGAAUCAUCACCGGCAGGAGGCCAGCACGCACUCUUCGGCCCCACUGCCGGCUCGCUCCAUCAUUCUCACACAGACAGCCAAGGCCACAUUCUGUUCCCUGGCAUUCACGAACAGCAUGGAUCUCACGGCUCCCCAAAUGUGCUCAAUGGGCAGAUGCGACUCGGACUACCAGGGGAGGUUUUCGGGCGAUCAGACCAGUACCACCAGGUCUCUAGUCCGAGAACCGAUCCUUACUCGGCCGCCCAGCUGCACAACCAGUACGGCUCCAUGAAUAUGAACAUGGGGAUGAAUAUGGCAGCGCAUCACCAUCACCCCGGUGCCUUCUUUCGCUACAUGAGGCAGCAGUGCAUUAAGCAAGAGCUCAUCUGUAAGUGGAUCGAUCCGGAGCAGCUCAGCAACCCUAAGAAGAGUUGCAAUAAAACUUUCAGCACCAUGCACGAGCUGGUCACCCACGUCUCUGUCGAGCACGUUGGAGGACCCGAACAGAGCAACCAUAUCUGCUUUUGGGAAGAGUGUCCGCGGGAAAGCAAACCAUUUAAAGCCAAAUAUAAACUGGUCAAUCACAUCCGCGUGCAUACGGGAGAAAAACCUUUCCCCUGCCCGUUCCCUGGAUGUGGCAAAGUCUUUGCAAGAUCAGAAAACCUUAAGAUACACAAAAGAACACACACAGGUGAGAAACCAUUUCAGUGUGAGUUUGAGGGAUGUGAUCGACGCUUUGCGAACAGCAGCGACCGAAAGAAGCAUAUGCACGUCCACACGUCAGACAAACCAUAUCUCUGCAAAAUGUGUGACAAGUCCUACACUCACCCCAGCUCUCUUCGAAAGCAUAUGAAGGUACACGAGUCAUCCCCACCUGCAUCCGACUCGUCGCCAGCGGCAAGUUCUGGUUAUGAGUCCUCAACACCCCCUGGUCUGGUGUCUCCCUCCACUGAGACCCAAAGCAACAACAAUCUGUCGCCUUCCUCAGCGGUCCACAGUUCCAACAACCACAGCAGUUUAUCGUCUAAUUUCAGUGAAUGGUAUGUUUAAGACUGUGCCAUCCCAGGAGGACCCGAUAAAGAAAAACAGGAGAUCCAUAUACAGCUUGUACAGAACGAACGCUUGAAUAUUACGCUCUUGUCCAGCAGGAUAUAACAUUCCUACAUCGACAGAAGAAACGUGCGCAAACGCACCAAACAUCUCUUUUUUUGUACAUACUACGCGCUCUCUUUCCUAAUGGUUGUUAUAGAUUUUGUCGGUUUUUGGUGUAUAGAUGUUCCUUCAAUGGUAGCUAUUUCUCUAACUGGACUUUUUAGUGCACAUAUUACCAUAAAGUUGUAUUAUCAUAAUGAAUAUUGUGAUCCCAUUAAGGCAAACUGAUUGUAAACUAAACAACUAUUAACUGGAAAGAGUGCCAAAGUCAACAUUUAACGAAGAAAGACACAAUAUUUGCUUGUGAAUGUAUAUCUUAGUUUGCUGGGCUUAACUUGUGAUGUUUUGUGCUUUGCAAGUUUGAAUUGUGAAAUAUAUUUGGAAGAUUGUGGGGCAAAUUAAUGUCGUGCGGUUAAAUAUCUGUAACUACACCCUUCUUUUUGUAAAUAUCGACUGCCAUAUUUAUCCAUUUGUAAUUAAAUUAUGGUAUUUACUUACUACAGAUGAAACAAUAUUUAUAAAGAAUGUUUCUUUACUAUAAAUAUGUACAAUAAUGGGCUAAACAGGGGCAUUUGUUUUGUUAUAUGUGUUUUUGUUUAAAGUUUGAGAAGUGUUUUCUCCAUUAUUGUGAUAAAAUUUUACUGCAUACAGAUAUAAUAAAACGUGGUGCAAGUGUACAAUCUUUACAACGCGUCGUGUUCAUUCCAUGUUAUCACUUGUAUUUGUUAGUGAACUUUGACAACUUUUAGGCUUUAAUGUUAUUAACACUAUAAAUUAUCUUUAAACUAAACUUCUGGCAGUUAUCUCAAAGCUAGAUAAGCAGAUAGCGCUGAAUUAUCUCUCCAUUAACAAUUCGGCGUUUCAAACUCAUAUCUGUAGAACUGACUUGAAUGUUUUAGCAUUUUAAAAGAAAAAAAAGUACAUGCGUUUUUCAGUGAGCAAAAACAUCAUGUAAACUGUAAACUAGGAGUUUAUAGCCAUAAUAUAAAUAAGUUAUUAAUAAGUAGCCUAUUUUCUUUACUAAUAAAGUAAGAUUUUAUUUUUUGAUUUAACUUUGGAUAAUGCCAUAUCCUUUCACGCUUAAAUAAAGUUAAAUAGAGUUUAAAAUCAAGUGGCCGUGAACUUGAACUUGACUCUGGCACUCUUGUAAAGCUCUGAAAAAAGAAACAUUUUCCCGCAAAACUAAGAGCUGUCAGUUUCUGCAACUUGUUCGCUCAAUUGUGAGUCGGAUUUUAGUCUUUCAUAAUCGUCUAGAUACAGCAACAUUCAGCCGAGAGCCAAAAACGCGGAAUUAAAUAAAAGGCAUUUGACAUUGUGCCGAGACAUCA